GGCGCGUCGCAGAGUGAAAGAGCGUCCGAGCGGAUCUGACGAGUGUACUACAUGUGCGCAUAGUAAAGCGAGAGAAAACGAAAGCUCUUUAAUUAUUAAUUACUCUUUUCAUGUUAUUGCGCACAGAGGAUGCUGCCUGUACCAUAAGAGGAUUUUUACGGUUUUUAUGUGGCGCAUAAAGGCAGUUAGGACAUGAUUUUAUAAGAAGUUAUGCAGCGUUGUUCAAGAUAGAUCCGCGAGCUCUGUGAUGUAACAUUUUUAUUCUGUUUCAGCCUUUUGAUUUUUCUUCAUUUGAAGUUGAAAUGGCUUUAGUAGUGUACCUGAAGACUGUCACGGAGCUUCGUGGAAAGGGGGACCGCAUCGCUAAAGUCACUUUCAGAGGUCUCUCCUUCUUCUCUCGGGUGCUGGAAAACUGCGAGGAUGAAGCUCGGUUUGAGCAGGCAUUCCGUUGGCCAAUUGGGAGUCAAGUGGACGGCGACGAGAUGCUGGAGAUUCAAGUGUUUAAUUAUAGCAAAGUCUUCACUAACAGGUUAAUUGGCACUUUCCGCAUGGUUCUGCAGAAGGUGGUGGAGGAGGGUCACUUGGAGGUGUCUGACACUCUUAUUGAUGACAAUAACACAGCCAUACGGACAAGUAUUUCCAUAGAGAUCAAAUAUCAAACCAUGGAUGGGAGUGUGAAGGUAUGGAGCGAUGGUGAAUUCCUUGAUAUUCCAGAUGACUGUGAUGGAACUUUCCAGUUUGAGACAGAGAGUUUACUUUCUGGACGCAGCCAGAGCUCCGGGACAUCACCCGGACGAUCUAUCCACGGCAUUCCCACAUUUCGCAAGUAAGUGUUUCG